UUCGGUCUGAGCUGAGAGUGAGAGCGAGGGGGCGGGGGCUCGGGAGUGUGGGGUGGCCGGGGUAGUCGAUGCCUCAACAGAUAGACCUGCGGACCGGACAGCCGCGGCGGCAGGCCCCGCUAGCCCCGCUGAACCCCUGAUGCGCGGGGGGCAGGAGCCCCUCUCGCUGGGGGAUGCUGUGGAGCUCCUGGCACCGGGCAUCCGGGCCGCCCACUGAACUCCUGUGCCUACCCUGUGCCCCUUGGGGAGCCGAAGUCCGGCUGCGGGGAAAGAGAAGCGGCAGCCCAGACGCUGCAGGGUGCCGGGCGGGGUGGGGGCAGGAGGCCCCUGGCCCGAGGGCAUGGAGCGGUUAGGGGAGAAAGCCAGUCGCCUGCUGGAGAAGUUAAGACUUUCGGACUCCGGCAGCGCCAAGUUCGGCCGCAGGAAGGGUGAAUCUAGCCGGUCAGGGUCUGAUGGGACCCCCGGCCCGGGCAAGGGGCGCCAGAGUGGGCUGGGGGGACCUAGGAAAUCAGGGCCCCGUGGAGCUACUGGGGCACCUGGGGAUGAGCCAUUGGACCCAGCCCGGGAGCAAGGCCCCCUGGACGCUGAGCGGAACCCGCGCGGCUCCUUUGAGGCGCAGCGCUACGAAGGCUCCUUUCCCGGGGGGCCGCCUCCCACCCGCGCCUUGCCUCUACCUCAGUCACUGCCCCCCGACUUUCGACUGGAGACUUCGGCCCCAGCCCUAAGCCCCCGCUCCAGUUUCGCCAGUAGCUCAGCCAGCGACGCGAGCAAGCCGUCCAGCCCGCGGGGCAGCCUGCUGCUGGACGGGGCGGGGGCUGGCGGAGCCGGAGGCAGCCGACCCUGCAGCAACCGUACCAGCGGCAUCAGCAUGGGCUAUGACCAGCGCCACGGCAGUCCUCUGCCCGCCGGGCCAUGCCUGUUCGGCCCACCCCUGGCCGGGGUUCCAGCGGGCUAUUCCCCCGGAGGGGUGCCGUCAGCCUACCCGGAGCUCCACGCCGCCCUGGACCGACUGUGCGCUCAUCGGCCCGCGGGGUUCGGCUGCCAGGAAAGCCGCCACUCGUACCCCCCGGCCCUGGGCAGCCCGGGAGCUCUCGCCGGGGCUGGAGUUGGAGCGGCAGGGCCCUUGGAGAGACGAGGGGCGCAACCCGGACGACACUCCGUAACCGGCUACGGGGACUGCGCCGCGGGCGCCCGAUACCAGGAUGAGCUAACAGCUUUGCUGCGCCUGACGGUGGGCACCGGUGGGCGAGAAGCCGGCGCCCGCAGGGAACACUCGGGGAUUGAGCCGUCGGGUCUGGAGGAGCCACCCGGUGCCUUCAUCCCGGAGGUCACCCGGGCCCGGAUGCGGGAGCCGGAGGCCAGAGAAGACUACUUCGGCACCUGUAUCAAGUGCAACAAAGGCAUCUAUGGGCAGAGCAACGCCUGCCAGGCCCUGGACAGCCUCUACCACACCCAGUGCUUUGUCUGCUGCUCCUGUGGGCGAACUUUGCGCUGCAAGGCUUUCUACAGCGUCAAUGGCUCCGUGUACUGUGAGGAAGAUUAUUUGUUUUCAGGGUUUCAGGAGGCAGCUGAGAAAUGCUGUGUCUGUGGCCAUUUGAUUUUGGAGAAGAUCCUACAGGCAAUGGGAAAGUCCUAUCAUCCAGGCUGCUUCCGCUGCAUCGUCUGCAACAAGUGCCUGGACGGCAUCCCCUUCACAGUGGACUUCUCCAACCAGGUGUACUGUGUCACUGACUACCACAAAAAUUACGCUCCCAAAUGUGCGGCCUGCGGCCAACCCAUCCUCCCCUCAGAGGGCUGUGAGGACAUUGUGAGGGUGAUUUCCAUGGAUCGAGAUUAUCAUUUUGAGUGCUACCACUGUGAGGACUGCCGGAUGCAGCUGAGUGACGAGGAAGGCUGCUGCUGCUUCCCUCUGGACGGGCACUUGCUCUGCCAUGGCUGUCACAUGCAGCGGCUCAGUGCCCGGCAGCCCCCCGCCAACUAUGUCUGAGCUACAGCCGCUGCGGCUGCCAUCACAACCGUUGACAAAGUCCUCUGGCCAGUGGGCCCCUCCAAGGCCAGUCGAGGCAAGGAAUGUACUUACUCUGUAGGCCUGGCAGAAGAGCCCUCUGGGGAGGACCUCAAGGGCCAGAGACCCAAAGAUUGUAACAUUCCAAAUGGACUGUAGAGGAGGACGCUUCAGUUUCGAGGGCAGGGGUGACUGGCUCUCCUUCCAUUGUGCGACAUGUGUUACCUAGCAUGUUCUCAGGCACACACAGGCGGGGCUCAGUGCUUUCAGAACAUCCAGCUCUAGUCCAAGUCAAGCAAUGUUCUGGUUCUGGAUUGGAGGAAGACAGGACAUGUAGGAGCUCCUCACUCUUAGGCCUCACGGGGUAUAAACAUCUUUUCUUUGGACCUGAACGAAGAGGUGGAGACUCUGGGCUUUAUUAAAUGAGUUAUUUCUUGGUCGCCUCCUCUCGAGGACUAGGAGAGCUGCUCGUCCCUCUGCUGAGGUUGGGGCCCAGCUCUGGGUGGGCCUAUUGCCUGUAUUGCCUGUAUCUCAGGGACUCCUGUGGGCUGGGAGAGGCUAGCUGGCUGCCUGCACUUGGUCCCUCUUCUCAGCUGGGGGAGGAAUGAGUGGGUCUCUGGGUAUGGAGUUGCUGGGUGGGUACCUGGGAAGCUUCAGGCUAGCCACCCUGCAUGCUGCCAGGUGCAAGUGCACUGAGCCCUCCAGCACAGUACACGCAUACCUGGAUGGGUUCACACACACACACACACACACACACACACACACAUCUGUGUUCUUACUCCGUUCUUCUCAGGUCUUCACACUUGAUUCCUUAGCAGUAGCUCACACUCUAGUAACUUAGCAAUGUAGACCUGCCACCUCUCAGAGGGAUCCAAGUUACAUCCACUGCAGCUCCCCAGCCCUGACUCUCUGGGGAGCCAGAAGAGAAAAACACUGACUUAGUUCCAGUUUGGCUAGAAUUGUUUCACCUAAAGCUAGGUCUCUUAAAAGCAGUUCACUGUUGAAACUUGUUUGCUUAAAGUUCAGCUCAUGUAUUGA